AUGGAAGUGAUGAGAACCAUUCUGCUUCUCUUCAGUACAUUUUCUCUGGGGAAUACAGAAGCUGAAGAGUGCCCUUUUGGAUGGACUCAUUUUGGGGAAAAAUGCUACAAAUUCUUCUCUUGGCAAGUUGACUGGAUCACAGCAGAGAAAAAUUGUCAAAGCUUUGAUGCAAAUCUUGCAUCUGUGCGAGGUCACGUGGAAAAUGAAUUUCUUCUCAGUCUGGUGCCGGUUUCUGCACGGUGUUUGGUUGGAGGUUAUGAUUGGGUAGACGAUGGACAAUGGUUGUGGAGUGAUGGAACCACCUUUGACUACACCAACUGGUGCUCUAAUGAACCUAGUGAGGGUACUGAAAACUGCUUGGAGAUAAACUGGACUACUGACCGUUGCUGGAACAAUAUACCAUGUUCAUUGCAGAUUGGUUCCAUUUGUGCUAAAGGCAUGUGA